AUGUCGCGAUCAAUUUCUAUCGUGAAUAGGUCUCGUGCACCUCUUUCUCAGUAUACUCGACCAGCUUCAUUCGCGGCCAGACCUUUGCUGUCGCAAUGUCAGGACAGAUUCAGCUCUCAUUCGCCCAUGGGAUCCUCGGGGCCAGCUCAUCGAAAGAAGGUCACCCUCAAUUCAAUACGAACAUUGUAUAAGAAGGGCGAACCUAUAACGGUCCUCACGGCCCACGACUUCCCCAGUGGUCAUGUUGCCGAUGUAGCGGGAAUGGAAAUAGUUCUCGUGGGGGAUAGUUUAGCCAUGGUGGCAAUGGGCAUGGAGGAUACCAGCGAGGUCCUCUUGGAAGAAAUGCUUUUGCAUUGUCGCUCAGUAUCCCGCGCAGCAAAGACCUCUUUUGUUGUUGGCGACCUGCCUAUGGGAUCAUAUGAAAUCUCUCCUGAGCAAGCUCUAGAAACCGCCAUCAAAUUCGUCAAAGAAGGCCGUGUUCAAGGUGUCAAGCUUGAAGGUGGAAUCGAAAUGGCACCCACAAUCAAGAAGCUCACCACCGCCGGUAUCCCGGUCUUGGGACACAUUGGCCUCACACCCCAACGUCAAAAUGCUCUCGGUGGAUUCCGCGUACAAGGCAAGACCUCAGCCGGCGCGUUGAAAGUGCUAAAAGAUGCACUAGCCAUACAGGAAGCUGGUUGUUUCGCCAUGGUCGUCGAAGCGGUGCCAGCAGAAGUCGCAGCACUCAUAACCAGAAACCUCUCCGUCCCUACAAUCGGUAUCGGUGCUGGAAAUGGAUGCUCUGGCCAGGUGCUGGUCCAAAUAGACAUGACUGGCAAUUUCCCACCUGGACGCUUCAUCCCUAAAUUUGUGAAGAAAUAUGGAGAUGUGUGGGGCGAGAGCUUGAAGGCUAUUGAGUCGUAUAGGGAUGAGACCAAGAGCCGUGCUUAUCCGGCACCAGAACAUACAUAUCCGAUUUCAAAGGAGGAGUUUGCUGAGUUUGAGUGCCUCUUAGUUGAGCGUACCUUAGAUGAAAAGUCCGUUUGA